CUGGACAAGCCGCUUCCGGCGAUCGGACAGACCAAUCUCUUUACUAAAGAACUGGAGACGGCCCUCGCUGGAGGUCAGAUCGACCUCAUAGUUCACUCUCUCAAGGAUCUACCGACCACCAUUGCCCCAGAGAUGAAAGUCGCGGUGAUAUUCAAACGAGACAAGUCGACGGAUGCGGUUGUACUCCACUCCAAACACAAGGGGAAGAGACUGCAAAGAGCUCCCCAGUGGAAGUGUCGUGGGCACCUCGUCUCUGCGAAGGAUAGCACAGUUGAAGAGAAUCUGCCCGGACCUGGUCUUCAAGUCUGUCCGUGGAACCUCAACACUCGAAUGAAGAAGCUGGAUGAGAGUGGUGAGUACGAUGCCCUGGUCUUGCCACAGCCGGACUGGAGAGACUCGCUGGCUGACAGAAUCGACCAGGAGCUGGACUCCUCCGAGUGA